AUGGAUUUCAAUCGCUAUGUUGGAGUUACGGACCGCAAUUUCGAAUUUAAGCUUGAAAAUCUUGUAUACGACAAAAACAAUUCAAAGCACCAGCACAUUGUGGACUCUGCGAAGGAUGCGCUCAUCAGGAAUGCUGUUAAUGAGAACUGCUUAACGAACACAUCGACCAGACAGCAGUUGGUUCUACAGGAGUUGAGAGCAGCAGCAAUAUCAGAAUAUAAAAAUGACGAAGUGUUCGCAAAAAAUUGGGCUGGUGUUAAUUCGGUGACCCUAUACAUGGACCUAUCUGCACCAUACGAAAAUAUCAUGCAGACACAGAAAAGGAUCGCACGCACUCUAGUCCAACGUGGAUACCAUCUGCGACCUCCAGCACGGGCAGCCACUAUCGAACCUGAACACCAAGCAAGCAAGAUCAAUGAACUCAUCGACGACAUGAUAGUAUUCCCACCCAGAUAUGUUUUCGGUGAGAAUGAAGUCACUCACGAGUUACACUUCUUGGAAAACGAAGUGGUGUGGGAUGUUCUUCUCAAUACUGUCGUGGAACUCGACCUCUACCCCUACAUCGUUGACCUCAACAAGAUGUUUUGCGCAGCUGCCGCAGCUGUCAAAUGUGCAUUAAUGGAGCUCAGGAUGGGGAAAUUCCAGGAAAUCGACUUUACGUUUCAGGGAUUUGAACAGAUAUACAAGGAACUAAUGAAGCAUAUUGAUGAUACCAGUGAUAGGACGAAAGAUUGUGUCAACAAGGCUCUAAGAGAUACUGAAUUCAUGCGGUCGCAUUCGGCGUUCGCUGAUUUCCUGCUGAACCAGAUUUUGGCAACACUAUGCAGUUUACACCACCAAGCGUCUUUUGUACAAUCAACGCUAUCGAGAGGAUCGCGACGGCUCCGCUCCAAACGCCCUCGGGCAACUGUGAACAAUGUUGAGAUUCCUGCGUGGCAGAAUUCUCCAGAAUGGAGAGAGCUUCCUCGCACAGCACACGAAGAUGUCUCUCGAGAUGCGCCCUCGCAGGAUGAAAGGCGUGCGACUGUUGAAUCAUCGACUCGGAUUUCGUUUAGUAUCUCUCCGAUGUCUUCUGUCGAGUCUCUUCCCAAACCGUCGCGGUCAGAAUGGAGAAAGCCUCCUCGCACAGCACACGAAGAUGUCUCUCGAGCUGCACCCUCGCAGGAUGAAAGGCGUACGACUGUUGAAUCAUCGACUCGGAUUUCGUUUAGUAUCUCUCCGAUGUCUUCUGUCGAGUCUCUUCCCAAACCGUCGCGGUCAGAAUGGAGAAAGCCUCCUCGCACAGCACACGAAGAUGUCUCUCGAGCUGCACCCUCGUAG